AGAAGCAGUCCUGUAGACAGAGCUCUAAACUAAACCACCAAAGAUACUUUAUAAAUAUACGUUUUUGAUUUUUUGAGGACAGUAACUGCUCCAGUCCACUAACAGAGGCUGAGAAAUGUCAGAAACAAAGAACAGUGAGGGAAGUGCGCUGAGGCGAAUUGUGAAGCUACCGCUGGUCAGUUCCACUUUGCAGAUGGUCACAGGCGUCUACGUUGGGGCCAAGCACCGUUACCCGCUUUUGGGCAUAGUAGGUGGUAUGACAGAGCUGAGUGUCCGCAGCAUUUCCAUGGCAGCCAGUCAGCGGGCAGCCCCCCUUCUACAGCGUCUGGAGCCUGAGAUUGAAACUGUGAACGGUUAUGCUCUUGUUGGUUUGGAACAGCUGGAGAAAACAUUUCCCAUCUUUCGUCAGUCAGCAGAUGAGGUGAUUGAGUACAUGAAGGAGAGUUUUUUUCUAAGGCUGGAGGAUGCGCAGUAUCGUGUGAAUGUGGAACUGGAUAACAUGGUAGACCGGUGGCAAAAGGUGUUCAAAUUCACCUGGGAUGUACUGGAGGCAGCUCAAGCUUCAGCAGCAGGCCAAGUUCUCACCUCAAGCCUAGAUGAGCUGAUCACGCGCUCUGAGGAGGCUGUGGCCUACAACCUACCACUGCCACCCACACUGUGGCGUGAAUGGGAAAUCAGAGUGCAGAGCUAUGAAGAUGAGGAUGGGAACGAGGAUGUCGAUGAUGAUGGCGAGCCACGUAUGUGGACACGUAUUCGCAGUCUACUGUUUUAUCUGUACCUUCAGAUGUACCACAGGUUUCUGCUGCUGAAGGAGAGAGUGGACAGUGUCUUGGAGUUUCUUGGAGAGGCUGCUGAUGUGGUGGGGCUGACCGGGCUAUUGGAGGGUGUGUGGUCGCUGCUGCAGCUGCUGCUGUCGCUGUACACAACUCAGGUACAGCGUGUAGAGGCCCUGGGCUCACUGGUGGUAGGUCAGUUCAGCGAGGCUGUGAAGGUGCUGAAGGAGCUGCCACCUGUCCAACAGCUACUGACCGUGCCUGCUCAGAUGCGAUCUCUCAGGGAUGACCUACUGGAGCUGGGCCAUAUUCUUAUCCAGCUCCUCAUCAACACCACACCACUGUAUGACCUGGUACAGCAAGCUUCAGACCAGAAUAUGACAGACUUUGACUUACCUGAUGGUGCCUGCCGUCGUAGCUCUGGCAACAGUCUUUUUUUAAAGGCCAUGGAUGGUCGUCCACGUCGCCGCAGAAGCCUUUAUGCCCGUUAUCGCCGUAGCUUUUCCAGUGGCUCUUCCUCAAAUCUGGCUCCUUCUCUUAGCCCAGCUCCAGCACCAUCACCACCCACAGCCCUCACCCCAGUCCCAGCUCCAAACAUGCCAGAGCAAGACCAUAUCUCAGACCCAGAUCAAGACCCAACUGAGGCAGAAGAUGAGGUUCCAGACCCAGAACCAAGUGAGACCCAAGACAAAUUCACGGCCCCUGAACCAACUGAAGCCCAAGUUGAUGCCAAGGCACCUGAUGGACGCAAGGGCAGUCUGAAGAAGAAGGAUGGCCAGCCAGCAGUAUCUCUGGAGCUGAAUGCCCCAGGUAUUUCCUUCAUCAACAUGAUUCGACGUCGCUCCUCCGCAUAUGAGGUUCCAGACUCAGAACCGACUGAAGCCCAAGAUAAAUUCAUAGACCCUGAGCAAACUGAAGCCCAAGUUGAGGCCAAGGCACCUGAUGGACGCAAGGGCAGUCUGAAGAAGGAUGGCCAGCCAGCAAGAUCUCUGGAGCUGAAUGCCCCAGGUAUUUCCUUCAUCAACAUGAUUCGACGUCGCUCCUCUGCAUAUGAGGUUCCAGAUGCAGAACUGACUGAGGCCCAAGAAAAAUUCCCAGACCCUGAGCCAACUGAGGCCCAAGUUGAGCCCAAGGCACCUGAUGGACGCAAGGGCAGUCUGAAGAAGGAUGGCCAGCCAGCAGGAUCUCUGGAGCUGAAUGCCCCAGGUAUUUCCUUCACCAACACGUUUCGACGUCGCUCCUCUGCAUAUGAGGUUCCAGACUCAGAACCGACUGAGGCCCAAGAUAAAUUUACAGAUCUUGAGCCAACUGAAGCCCAAGUUGAGCCCAAGGCACCUGAUGGACGCAAGGGCAGUCUGAAGAAGGAUGGCCAGCCAGCAAGAUCUCUGGAGCUGAAUGCCCCAGGUAUUUCCUUCAUCAACAUGAUUCGACGUCGCUCCUCUGCAUAUGAGGUUCCAGAUGCAGAACUGACUGAGGCCCAAGAUAAAUUCACAGACCCUGAGCCAACCGAAGCCCAAGUUGAAGCUAAGGCACCUGAUGGACGCAAGGGCAGUCUGAAGAAGGAUGGCCAGCCAGCAGGAUCUCUGGAGCUGAAUGCCCCAGGUAUUUCCUUCACCAACACGUUUCGACGUCGCUCCUCUGCAUAUGAGGUUCCUGACUCAGAACCAUCUGAGGCCCAAGAUAAAUUCCCAGACACUGAGCCAACUGAAGCCCAAGUUGAAGCUAAGGCACCUGAUGGACGCAAGGGCAGUCUGAAGAAGGAUGGCCAGCCAGCAGGAUCUCUGGAGCUGAAUGCCCCAGGUAUUUCCUUCACCAACACGUUUCGACGUCGCUCCUCUGCAUAUGAGGUUCCAGACUCAGAACCAUCUGAGGCCCAAGAAAAAUUCCCAGACCCUGAGCCAACUGAAGCCCAAGUUGAAGCUAAGGCACCUGAUGGACGCAAGGGCAGUCUGAACAAGGAUGGCCAGCCAGCAGGAUCUCUGGAGCUGAAUGCCCCAGGUAUUUCCUUCACCAACACGUUUCGACGUCGCUCCUCUGCAUAUGAGCUUCCAGACUCAGAACCGACUGAGGCCCAAGAUAAAUUUACAGAUCUUGAGCCAACUGAAGCCCAAGUUGAGCCCAAGGCACCUGAUGGACACAAGGGCAGUCUGAAGAAGGAUGGCCAGCCAGCAGGAUCUCUGGAGCUGAAUGCCCCAGGUAUUUCCUUCACCAACACGUUUCGACGUCGCUCCUCUGCAUAUGAGGUUCCAGACUCAGAACCGACUGAGGCCCAAGAUAAAUUUACAGAUCUUGAGCCAACUGAAGCCCAAGUUGAGCCCAAGGCACCUGAUGGACGCAAGGGCAGUCUGAAGAAGGAUGGCCAGCCAGCAAGAUCUCUGGAGCUGAAUGCCCCAGGUAUUUCCUUCAUCAACAUGAUUCGACGUCGCUCCUCUGCAUAUGAGGUUCCAGAUGCAGAACUGACUGAGGCCCAAGAUAAAUUCACAGACCCUGAGCCAACCGAAGCCCAAGUUGAGGCCAAGGCACCUGAUGGACGCAAGGGCAGUCUGAAGAAGGAUGGCCAGCCAACAAGAUCUCUGGAGCUGAAUGCCCCAGGUAUUUCCUUCACCAACACGUUUCGACGUCGCUCCUCUGCAUAUGAGGUUCCAGACUCAGAACCACCUGAGGCCCAAGAUAAAUUCCCAGACCCUGAGCCAACUGAAGCCCAAGUUGAAGCUAAGGCACCUGAUGGACGCAAGGGCAGUCUGAAGAAGGAUGGCCAGCCAGCAGGAUCUCUGGAGCUGAAUGCCCCAGGUAUUUCCUUCACCAACACGUUUCGACGUCGCUCCUCUGCAUAUGAGGUUCCAGACUCAGAACCAUCUGAGGCCCAAGAUAAAUUCCCAGACCCUGAGCCAACUGAAGCCCAAGUUGAAGCUAAGGCACCUGAUGGACGCAAGGGCAGUCUGAAGAAGGAUGGCCAGCCAGCAAGAUCUCUGGAGCUGAAUGCCCCAGGUAUUUCCUUCACCAACACGUUUCGACGUCGCUCCUCUGCAUAUGAGGUUCCAGACUCAGAACUGACUGAGGCCCAAGAAAAAUUCCCAGACCCUGAGCCAACUGAAGCCCAAGUUGAAGCUAAGGCACCUGAUGGACGCAAGGGCAGUCUGAAGAAGGAUGGCCAGCCAGCAGGAUCUCUGGAGCUGAAUGCCCCAGGUAUUUCCUUCACCAACACGUUUCGACGUCGCUCCUCUGCGUAUGAGGUUCCAGACUCAGAACCGACUGAGGCCCAAGAUAAAUUUACAGAUCUUGAGCCAACUGAAGCCCAAGUUGAGCCCAAGGCACCUGAUGGACGCAAGGGUAGUCUGAAGAAGGAUGGCCAGCCAGCAAGUUCUCUGGAGCUGAAUGCCCCAGGUAUUUCCUUCAUCAACAUGAUUCGACGUCGCUCCUCUGCAUAUGAGGUUCCAGAUGCAGAACUGACUGAGGCCCAAGAUAAAUUCACAGACUCUGAGCCAACUGAAGCCCAAGUUGAGCCCAAGGGACCUGAUGGACGCAAGGGCAGUCUGAAGAAGGAUGGUCAGCCAGCUGGAUCUGUGGAGAUGAAUGCCCCAGGUAUUUCCUUCACCAACAUGAUUCGACGUCGCUCCUCUGCAUAUGAGGUUCCAGACUCAGAACCAACUGAUGCCCAAAAUAAGCUGUUAAACCCAGAGCCAACUGAAGCUCAAGUUGAGUUCCCAGCCAAGACACCUGAUGGUUGCAAGGGCAGUCUGUCAGCAGGAUCUCCAGAGCUGGAUUCCCCAGAGCUUUCCUCCUCCAACAUGAUCCGACGACGCUCCUCCACUAGAGAGAUGCUCUUUUCUCCCAUCAUGCAGUUUGUCACUCAGAGCCAGAGAGCAUUUGAGUACCUGAGCUCUGGCUCUUACUCUGAUGACCAGAUCACACCUGUGGUGGACAACAGUGAGCAGUGAAUCCCUAUCGACUCACGCAUUGUAUAAUCAUAUGCUAUUAUGUCUCUUGAAAUGAAUUAGAAAGGUGUAGAAUAGAGAGUUUAGGGAUCACAGAAAACUACCUAAGCUGAUUACUUAGGCCCCCGUUUCCAGAUAACAUUAGAUGAACACUGAACUGGAAGAAGUGUGUGAAAUAACCCCUGGUAUUCGGGCAGGCCCAAAGCUGGCUGUCCACUCACCAUAGUGGCACUUAUACUAGUUUCAAUGGCAACAAAAUAUUUGAUUGUUGUUCUGGAUUUUUGUUCUGUUUUUUUGUAGUUUGGCAAUGUGGUCUUCCAUACGUUAAUUGAUAUUUUAGACAUCUUUUUUUUGCCUGGAUUGAAAAAUUAGUAACAGUUAACACUUUCCACCAAAAUCUUAGGAGAUUGGGCAAAUUUUCACAUUUAUGAAUAUGGCAUAUUGUAAAGUUUUUUCUUAGUGGCAUCUCAAGCAUAGUUACAUUUGCUAGGCUAUGAAGGGCCAACUAGGUGAACCAAUUUACUACAGCGCGACCCUGAGGUAGACCAGUGUUGCAUCUCUAGUUAGUAAAGAACACCAAAACCAGAAGCUUGGCGAUUGUGCUUGAAACCAUCUACAGCACAUUCUCCAUCAAUCCAAAGAACCCUUUAAUCAUAUGAAGGGUUCUUUGAGUGUUUAUGGUC